AUGAAGUCUUUCGUUGCAUACUCGCUCAUCGCAGCGGAGGCAGCGCACGCCUUCCCGUGGGUCCGAAAUUUGCCCGGUGUAGACUCUUCUAUGCUGCCAUCUCAAUACCAAAAAAGACAACAAGCUCCAGCACCAGGCGGUCCAGGCAGCGCUGAGACCUGUCCAUUCAACCCAAACCACGUCAAUGCCGUGGGCAUCCAGCCAGGACAGUACAACAACGCCCGCAAUGGCCGAAAGGGCAACGAGCGAGGUGGUUACCAGGUCCCAGCACCUGGCGACGACGCGCACCGCUAUAUCGCGCCAACGGCUCAAGACAUACGAGGACCAUGCCCAGGUCUCAACACAGCCGCCAACCACGGCUUCUUGGCUCGUGAUGGUGUCACCACCUACGCCGAACUCGUAGAUGCGCAGCAAAACGUCUACAACGUCGGCUUCGACCUGUCAAAUCUGCUCGCCUUCCUCGGUCUGCAAGCAGACGGUGACCUAAUCACCACCAAGCUCUCCAUCGGCUGCGACGCCACAACAAGAACGUCCAUCGCCCCACUCCUGACUGGCUCGCAACCCGGUCUCUCCGGCCACAACAAGUUUGAAGGUGACACCUCCCUAACCCGCAACGAUUUCUUCACAGGCAAUGGUGACAACUAUUCGUUCAACCGCACGUUGUUCGACAAGAUGAGCGCCACGACCGGCGGUCUUCACGACCUCAACAACUUGGCGCAGUACCGUCUCGAGCGAUACGACGAGUCCCUGUUCGAGAACCCGAACUUCUACUUCGGACCUCUCUCCCUCCUGUUGUACGGAGCUGCAUCCUUCCUGUACGAACUCUUCCCAUCUGGCCCCAACUACAUCCCAGACCAAGCCACGAUGGACUCCUUCUUCAUCGAGGAGAGACUCCCCGCCAACUGGAUCAACCGUGUCGAGCCAUACAGCAACCGCCUCGUCGUAGAGCAGAUUCUGGCCAUGUACCUCCUCCGCCCAGUCGCCUUCGGUGGCAACGUCGGUGAUGGUACUUUCGCACCACUCAACUGGAGAGGCCUGAUCGUCAACGGUACUCUCGGCAACGACAUCCAGCCUGCUGCGGUCUCUUGCUUGUUGUACCAGCUUGCGACACAGUCCGUGCCAUCGACACUGAACGGCCUUGUUACGCCAACUGUUGAGGCUAUCUCGUUCUUCCUUACGAGGGUUGCUCCAGAGUUUGCCAACCUUGGCUGCCCACGUCCAUUGACCUAA